AUGAACACUACUGCCCACGCUACCCCCAUGAUGCUCCAGAAGGAACGCUCAGAUGAGACAAGUUUCCCCGUUGACCCUCUCCCGGGAAAAUAA